AUGUCGGGAGUGAAAAAGCCUCGUACGGCGCUGAAGUCGACCAACGUAUUCUUCCAGGCGCACCACGUCAGCCGGAGCAAGAGAGGCCAGGUCGUGGGGGCGCGGUCCGGCUUCAGAGGAUGCACUAUUUGGUUGACAGGGCUGUCGGGGGCUGGGAAGACCACCCUGAGCUUUGCCCUGGAGGAUUACCUGGUGUCCCAUGGCAUCCCCUGCUACUCUCUGGACGGAGACAACAUCCGGCACGGCCUGAACAGUGACCUGGGCUUCUCGGCAAAGGACCGCGUGGAGAACAUCCGCCGGGUCGCUCAGGUGGCUAAGAUGUUUGCGGACGGCGGCCUGGUCUGCGUCACCAGCUUCAUCUCCCCAUUCUCCAUGGACCGCGAGGAGGCCAAGAAAAUCCACAUGGCAAGCAACCUGCCGUUUUUUGAGGUGUUCAUCGACGCCUCUCUGGAAGUGUGUGAACAGCGCGACGUGAAGGGGCUGUACCGGAAAGCCCGGGCUGGAGAGAUCAAAGGAUUCACUGGGAUUGACUCCGACUACGAGCGCCCAGAGGCUCCGGAUCUGGUGCUGAAGACCGCAGAGCUGGGGGUGGCCGAGUGCCUUCAUCAGAUGGUGGAUCUGCUGCGAGAGCACAAUAUUGUCCCCAGUGGAAUGCUGGAGGAGGUCACCGAGCUCUUUGUCCCAGAAAACAAACUGUCCCUCGUUCUGGCCGAGGCAAAGACACUUCCCAAAAUCAGCAUCACCAAGCUGGAUCUGCAGUGGGUGCAGGUGUUGUCCGAGGGCUGGGCCAGUCCUCUGAGAGGCUUCAUGAGGGAGAAACCGUUCCUCCAGGUCAUGCACUUUGGAAGCCUCCUGGAUGAUGAAGCCAUCAACCAGUCCAUCCCCAUCGUGCUGGCCGUGAGCACUGAGACCAAACAGGAGCUGGACGGCUAUCCUGCUCUGGCUCUGGAGUACCAGGGAUCCCUGGUGGCCAUCCUGAGGUCGCCAGAGUUCUACGAGCACCGCAAAGAAGAGCGCUGUGCUCGGCAGUGGGGCACCAUCUGCCCCCAGCACCCCUACAUCAAGAUGGUGAUGGAGGGAGGAGAUUGGCUGGUCGGAGGAGAGCUGGAGGUUCUGGAGCGAAUCCGAUGGAACGACGGACUCGACCAGUACCGCCUCACGCCUCAGGAACUCAAGCAGAAGUUCAAAGCCAUGAAAGCAGAUGCGGUCUUUGCCUUCCAGCUGCGAAACCCGGUCCAUAACGGCCAUGCCCUCCUCAUGCAGGACACCAAGCGGCGCCUGCUGGAGCGAGGCUACAAGAACCCGGUGCUGCUACUGCACCCGCUGGGAGGCUGGACCAAGGACGAUGACGUGCCCCUGGAGUGGAGGAUGAAGCAGCACGCCGCCGUGUUGGAGGAGGGCGUUCUGGACCCAAAGAGCACCAUCGUGGCCAUCUUCCCCUCCCCCAUGAUGUACGCGGGGCCCACUGAGGUGCAGUGGCAUUGCAGGGCGAGAAUGAUCGCGGGGGCAAACUUCUACAUCGUGGGCCGUGAUCCAGCGGGAAUGCCCCAUCCCGAGACCAAGAAGGACCUGUACGAGCCCACGCACGGAGCCAAGGUGCUCACCAUGGCCCCAGGGCUCACCUCCGUGGAGAUCAUCCCCUUCAGAGUGGCAGCCUACAACAAGGCCAAGAAGGCAAUGGACUUCUACGACAAAGAGCGUCACGAUGAGUUCGAGUUCAUCUCCGGGACCAAGAUGAGAAACCUGGCCCGGAACGCCGAGAACCCUCCCGACGGCUUCAUGGCACCAAAGGCCUGGACGGUGCUGGUCGACUACUACACCUCCAUCAAGAAGGAAAACUAA